AAAAUUCCUAAAUUUAGUCCACUUCUUAUUCGCUAUCCCCACAUUGCUUGGCCGCAGCCGCCGCCGCCGUCCGCCGUCGAUAUCCACCACCAGAUUUUAAAUCCUCCGCCGGGAGUCCACCUUCAUUACCCAAUAUCUGUUAUAAGAUACCGUUAAAGAGAUGAUUUUUUUCCCAAAAAGAGUUUUUGCUCAACCAGUUCCUUGAAUUGAGAGUGUAUAGUGCUUAGCUUAUUGGUUUCUUGAAGACCAGCUUCUUCAUUACAUGUUAAGAUUCAGGGUAGGCUUUCUGAGCGAGUUUCAUUAUCUUUUGCUGAAGUGGUUAAUCUCCAUUUUAAUUAUGUCUCUUCUUUUUCUACUUUGGUGGAUGGAGUUACUAGAUAUUGCUUGAGAUCGCCAUCUGACUUCAAAUCUCCUAGAUCUGAGUACUUUGCUACUUGGCGUAUUUAUUUUAUCUGGUUGGCCAUUUUUGUCCUGAAAAGCUUCAGGAUGUAAGGAAAACAGAGACUUUGUAUAGGAGCUGAAGGUGUAAUAAUAAAUAUAAUAGCAGAAGACUGCGUCAUCAAAUCUAUUAUCAAUGUCAGAAGGUGAUUUGGCCGUCAUGAAACCAGAGACCAUGAAGUCCUACAUCUGGCUUCAAACUGCUGAUGGUUCAAUCCAGCAAGUGGAACAAGAGGUUGCAAUGUUCUGUCCCAUGAUAUGUCAAGAGGUAAUACAAAAGGGUGUUGGAUCUUCUAAGAAUCAUGCAAUAUCGCUUCCACAACGAGUUAAUCCAGCUAUGUUCAGCUUGAUUCUUGAUUACUGCAGAUUUCAUCAACUGCCUGGACGUUCAAAUAAGGAACGAAAAACUUAUGAUGAAAGAUUCAUCAGAAUGGACACAAAAAGGCUCUGUGAGUUGACCUCAGCCGCUGAUAGUUUGCAGCUGAAGCCUUUGGUUGAUCUUACUAGUCGCGCACUUGCAAGAAUCAUUGAAGGAAAAACCCCUGAGGAGAUACGAGAAAUAUUUCAUUUACCUGAUGACCUUACUGAGGAGGAGAAAUUAGAGCCUCUGAAGAACACAAUGGAUGAUCCACGGAUUCGACUACUGAAUAGAUUAUAUGCAAAGAAAAGAAAGGAGCUGAAAGAAAGAGAGAGAUUGAAGAAUGUUGAGGUUGAAGAACAUGUGGAUGAACGAUCUGUGGAUGACCUGUUAUCAUUUAUUAACGGCAGAGAUCCCAAGGUGGUAAAGAUGUCAAAAGGAAAAAAGAAGAAGAAGAAAAAAAAGGAUCAGAAGAUUGUUUCUUCAAAUGACAUUCAUGACAAGGAAUCACAUGAUCUUCAUUCCAAACAGCAAUGUGUUGAAGAGACUGGGUCCAGCAUGAGAGAUGUACCCAAUUUACCUAUUGCAGAAGAUGACAUUUCUACGUCAAAGGCCAGGUCUGAAGAUGAAGAUAUAGACGAUGAAAUCGAUCCAGCCAUGAGGGAAUUGCUUGAUAGAGAGGUAGAAGAUUUUGCUCAAAGACUGAACUCCAAUUGGGUUCGGUCGCUAGGACAAGAAAGAAGGCCUGUACACUUCUCCAUAAAUGGCAACGGGACUACAAGACGGCAUACAGGUCAAUCUCCAUGACACGUUUGAAGCUGAAAAUGGAACAGUUUUGGUUAUGUGAGCAAAUAGAGAGAGAGAGAAUAGUUCACCAGUCAGUCACCACCGGCGUUUGAUGCGUGUCCUCAUGUAACAGUUUUGAUUUUGAUUGUUUUACUUUCUUCUAGUGAUCCAUCCUUUUCUUUGUAAAACCACGUUUAAGUAGUUGUUAGAAUCUAGUUCUACGUUAGCUUUUUUUUUGUGUUUAGGUUCCAUUGUUUUAGCAUCAGAAAUUAAUCAUACACACACUCUGAUAUCACCAUUGCCAGUGUAAUAAAUGGUUUUAAGUUCCUUAUACUAAA